CCCCGAGAGCUUUGUGAAGGAGGAACGCUGCACACCCGCCUCCCGCAGCACACAGCCAACCACAGCUGAGCGACAGCCAACAAGAGCCAAUCACAAGGCACUUCCGAAAGCUCCAGGAUGCAGAUGUCUUCAGCCCUCACUUGCCUCACCCUGGGCCUGGUUCUGGUCUUUGGGAAAGGGUUCGCUUCACCCCUUCCAGAGUCCCAUACAGCCCAGCAGGCCACCAACUUCGGAGUAAAAGUGUUUCAGCAUGUGGUCCAGGCCUCCAAAGACCGAAAUGUGGUCUUCUCUCCCUACGGCGUGUCCUCGGUGCUGGCUAUGCUGCAGCUGACCACAGCAGGGAAAACCCGGCAGCAGAUCCAAGAUGCUAUGGGAUUCAAUAUCAGUGAGAGGGGCACAGCUCCUGCCCUCCGAAAGCUCUCCAAGGAGCUCAUGGGGUCAUGGAACAAGAAUGAGAUCAGUACUGCGGACGCCAUCUUUGUCCAGCGGGACCUAGAGCUGGUCCAGGGCUUCAUGCCCCACUUCUUCAAGCUCUUCCGGACCACGGUGAAGCAGGUGGACUUCUCAGAGAUGGAAAGAGCCAGAUUCAUCAUCAACGACUGGGUGGAGAGGCACACCAAAGGUAUGAUCAGUGACUUACUGGCCAAGGGGGCUGUAAAUGAGCUGACACGCCUGGUGCUGGUGAACGCCCUCUAUUUCAACGGCCAAUGGAAGACCCCCUUCUUAGAGGCCAGCACCCACCAGCGCCUGUUCCACAAGUCUGAUGGUAGCACCAUCUCCGUGCCCAUGAUGGCUCAGAACAACAAGUUCAACUACACUGAGUUCACCACUCCGGAUGGGCACGAGUACGACAUCCUGGAACUGCCCUACCACGGCGAAACCCUCAGCAUGUUCAUUGCAGCACCCUUUGAAAAAGAUGUGCCCCUCUCCGCCAUCACCAACAUUUUGGACGCUGAGCUCAUCAGACAAUGGAAGAGCAACAUGACCAGGCUGCCCCGCCUCCUCAUCCUGCCUAAGUUCUCUCUGGAGACUGAAGUGGACCUCAGAGGGCCCCUGGAGAAGCUGGGCAUGACUGACAUCUUCAGCUCAACCCAGGCCGACUUCACAAGUCUUUCCGACCAAGAGCAGCUCUCUGUAGCACAAGCACUACAAAAGGUCAAGAUCGAGGUGAACGAGAGCGGCACAGUGGCGUCUUCCUCCACAGCCAUUCUAGUCUCAGCCCGCAUGGCCCCCACGGAGAUGGUUUUAGACCGAUCCUUUCUCUUUGUGGUUCGGCACAAUCCAACAGAGACAAUCCUCUUCAUGGGCCAGCUGAUGGAGCCUUGAGAGUGGGAUGAGAAGCCUUCCUUUGGGACAAAACUGGACGUGUUAUAAGCAGAGACUCUGAAGAAAAGAAUUGUUUUAAGGACUCUUUGGGGAGAAAGAGAAGGCCUUUCUUUCUUACCCCGGCACUGGUAAAUCUUUCCAACCAGCCUCCCAGACCUCAGACUCUCGAAGAGGAAAGAGUCUAACUCCCUCACUAGGGACCUAUCUUACUAAGGUCUCAUCCAACCAUAGAACUCACAGAAUCUGGAUCUGCCCAGCAUUCAGCCUUUGGACCCAGUUCCCACCAAGGCCCCAGCAGGGCCAACCCACUACGCCUUCACUCAGCAAAGUCUUUUGUGUUCCAGUCACACUCUGGGUACCUCUUGUAUCGUCCUCCAUUGCUAUGAAGGAUGACCCAGGCCAAAGGAAGAAGCACUGUCCUAUCUCAAGGUCCACUGUGGAAAUGAACACCUUGCCCAUCCCCAAGGGGCAGCAGAUAGACAGAUCGAAUGAUCGCCCGAUAUCAAGCCUUCUCCCAGCUCCCGUCCUGCCCUCCCUUCCCUGACAGCGCGCUUGUGUUAUUUCAGAGUGUAGAUGACUUGUUUACAGCUUUUUUCGACCCACAAACUUUUCUCAUUUUGAAAGCGUGAAAGAAAGGUCAGAUGUGCACGUGCCUUGCUCUUUAUCCUGGGUCUCCCUGUGAGGGGAGAGGGGUCCUGGGGAGAUUCCAGGGGUGUGAUUGAAUAUUUAUCUUGUUUAUCUUAUACGUUUGUUGGGGAGAAGAAGCACUAUUAAGGAGAAAGCCUUUUAUUUAAACCAUGGCAUAUGGUGUCCCAUUUGGGGUCUGUAUCCCUGUAUGUCAGGGAGGCAUCACUCCACAAACCCGCCCCUCCGGGUGGCCCGGCGUCGGGGCUCACACUGCCGCCUAGUGGCAGCCGAACACGCCCUUGCCCCAUCCCUCCCCCGCAUCCUCCCCCGUGGCUCUUUUCCUUAGGGAUCUUGCCAAGGUGAUGCUUGGCAGCCCACGGUAAAGGAAGGGGGAAAAAGAUUAGGUGGGAGAGAGAGAGAGAGAAAGAGAGAGAGAGAGAGAGAGAGAGAGAGAGAGAGAGAGAGAGAGAGAGAGAGAGAGAGAGAGAGAGAUGUUUGAGAGAGGGCAAAGUGGUUUCAAAUUUUUCCAAUACAUUCAGAAGCCGAGUGGGAAAGGGGGCUGUGUGACCUAACAGGACAGAACUUUCUCCAAUUACUGGGUGACUCAGCUGCACUGGUGACUCACUUCAAUGUGUCAUUUCCGGCUGCUGUAAGUGAGCAGUGGACACGUGGGGGGGGGGGGGGGGGUGAGGAUGAAAGAAACAGCCAGCUCCUGGUCAACCACCUUAGUUAGAUAAUCUUUUUUGAAAGCUUCCUAGCUGGGGGUAUGAUCAGAAAACCAAUUUACUGAAAAACUGCACAGGAAGGUAACGUGAAUCUAAUUUCAUAGCGGGCCGCUCUGCAUCCGUUACAUCUCCACCGGAAAAAAAUAAUCAUUUUCUUUUUUUUUGUGUGUGUGUGUGUUUUAGCUUUUCUCCCUCUCCCUCUUUCUCUCUCAUUUCAUUAUGCACUGGAUAACCAUACACCGUGUACCCACAGGGGCCCCAAAUGUGGGGUCACAUGGUCUUGAAUUUUGUGGGGUACAUAUGCCUUUGUUUGUUUGUUUUCACUUUUGAUAUAUAAACAGGUAAAUGUGUUUUUAAAAAAUAAUAAAAAUAGAGAAUAUGCAGAC